AUGAAUUUUUUAGACUUUGAAGACUGCCUUUCUCUGUUUGUGUACUCCUUCACCUUCCUGCUGGGCCUCCCUGCCAACGUGCUGGUGCUCUUUGUCUACGUCCGCAAGGCGCGCAAGCGGGGCGCCACACCCAACGUGGUCUACGCCCUCAACCUGUGCCUGGCCAACCUGGCGCUGGUGGCCUGGCUGCCCGUCCAGGCCCUGCAGACAGCGCUGAAGGACUGGGCGCUGCCAGCGCCCCUGUGUCCUGUCUACAGCUUCUUCCUGUUCGCCUCGCUCUACGGCAGCACCCUCUUCCUGACAGCGGUUGCAGUGGGACGCUAUCUCAGCAUUGCCUUCCCCAUCAGCUAUAAGAUCUACCGGCGCGCCAGCAUUUCCUGCUUGGUCAGCGUGGCCCUGUGGGGGCUGGCGCUCCUCCACUUGGGGCUGAGCCUGGUGGCUGAGGAGGGAGGCUACUUCCUGUCCACGUCGAGCCGCAACGUCUCCAUCUGCUACGAUAACUUCACGGCGGCGCAGCUGGAGACCCUGCUGCCCCUGCGUCUAGAGAUGGCGAUGCUUCUCUUCCUGGUUCCCCUGGCCGUGACGGCCUUCUGCACGCUGCGCUGUGUGACCCUGGUGUGGCGGUCCUGCCUGCCCGCCAUGGGGAAGAGGAGGGUGCUGGCGGUGGCUCUGUCCACGCUGGCUGUGUUUGUGGUGUGCUACGCACCGUACAACGCCUCUCACGUGGUGGGCUUCGUGCUGCAGGAGAACGUGGGCUGGAGGAGCGAGGCCAUGCUCACCAGCUCCUGCAACGUGUUCCUGGAACCGGUGGUCAUGCUCAUGUUGUCCCCGGCAACCUCACAGGGCUUUCUGAAGAGACUGUGCGGGAGGCAGAGCAGGUUCAGCAGGUCAGAGGGUCACCGCAGGUCCAACGUCCUGACGAAGGGUCCCACAGUGACUGUGCCGUCGAUUGGCCUGCCUCACUGA